AGAACACGUGUUCCGACCUUUUAUAGCAAAUGUUCGAUGGAUGGGUCAUGUGUGCUUUUUAAAUCUAUAGCUCAUGCGCUCAACAAACCCGGUCGUACUCUUCUCACCUUCCUCCUGGUUCUCAACUUGGCAAUGUGGGUGGUGAACACAUUUGAGUUGAAGCAUGCUGAGAAUCACCAAAUUCACAAAAUGUAUUACACAGGCAUAGCAUGGAAGAUAAUAACUCAUGUCUCUCUCCCACUGCUCAUCUUCUUUCGAUUUCACUCCACUGUUUGUUUGGCGGAUAUUUGGUCGAAUGCCUAUAAACUGCAUCGCUGA